CUAUAGCACUUCACUAAAGAUCCUUGGCUUAGACAGAAAAGGUCAAGGGCUAUCCAAUCUACUGGUUUUGCAACGGAUUUAGUAAGCAUCCUGUAUCAAAUGAAUAGAGAUAACAAAAGAAAUAUUUAAAGGAAACCUGCAAAUGGUUACAGAUAAGACGUUGCUUAUACAUUUUAAUUAAUAAUUCAUAUAAAAUAUGAAAUCAUUUUCAAACACAAUAUACUUUUUUUCGAUUUUUUGUAUCAGCGUGAUACUAGCGACUAAUUUGCGGACUUUAAAACGAAUAGAGAAGUGUUCUCAGAUUAGAUGUCCCUUGAUAAAAGCCACGAUUUGCGUGAAAGUAAAGGACCAAAAUACUCCGAGGCGUUAUGUCAUGAUGUCUAAAUGCGAGCUGAAACUUAUCAAAUGUCAUGGAGAUGUAAACACAACAGUAGUACCUGGAAAGUACUGCAAUGCACUUAGGCAACGGGACAUUUCACCUGAAAAGGAGGAAGACCCUGUUAACGAUUCCAGCCCCUCCAAGAUAUUGCAAGAAUAUAGCCCUGUAGAUCAGGAAGAUCCUGUUAAUGCGUCCGGUCCGAGAGACCGUGUAGAUCAGGAAGAUCCUGUUAACGAUUCCAGCCCCCCCGAGAUUCAGCAAGAAAAAAACCCUAUAGAUGAUGAAGAUCCAGGUAAAGAUUCCGAUACUUCUGGGAUACUGAAAGAAGAAGACCAUGUAGUUCAGGAAGAAGUUGCUGAUAACGAUGAGGUACCUCAAGUAGAAGGUGAUAACGAUAGUGAAAAAGGUAAGUUACAAGAAGAAAAUCAUUUGGGGAAUGACCAAUCUGGAGCCAACUGUCCUCAGAAGUGCUUAAAUCGCAGAGUGAUGGUGUGUGCGCGCUGUCCUCACGGCAUCUAUCGGACGUUCAUGAGCAGCUGCUUCAUGAGGAUGUAUCAGUGCCAGCAUCCUAAUGAAAAGCUGGAACUGGUAUCACGACACGCUUGCACAGGCUCAGCACCAUAUAUGGGUGAGAUGCCGAAGCCGUUUGGGGAAAAAGUGGAGCCUUUUGAUGAUGAUCCCGUACUUAACCAUAUUUACCACAGAUUGAGUGUACAAGAUUGAGUCUGCUAACAGUCUUACGAUAUUAAAUAUUUAGAUUUUGG